GGCAUUUCCACAUCUGCGUCCACGUCUCGGCGCUGGAUCACAUUGGCGGCGCUGAAUCACACUGGACAUUCACAAUUGGGCAGCGUGGUUUGUCAGUCAUUGCUGAAUCUUGACAGCUGGCGAGGGAGGGAGGGUUGGUUGGAAAGGCGAGACAAGGAGCAGAGAACACAGCGGACACCGACCCCACUGCAACGCGUAGCCGCGCAACUCUCCCAGCCAUGGAGCAGCGAACAAAACUGGAAAUGGAAACAUGCUUCAAAGUGAUGGAAGAGUUGAUUGUGGAAUUGCAUCAAUUUCUGGAACUUCUAGACCGUGAAUACCUGACCUCAUCCGCCAGAGAGAAAAAGACUUCAGUCUGCAACGUCCUGCGGAGGAUCAAGUCAAUCUCUGAUUGUCAAAUAAAAAACUCUAUGCAGAAGCACAAUUUGCCAUGCAGCGUUCCUGCUCCACCUCAGAUACCUCUCCCUGAGAUCCCUCAUCCAUGGCAGCCAUUAGAUAACAGCCCACCACCACUGCCAACGUCCUCCUUGCCUGAAGGAUAUUAUGAGGAAGCCGUACCGCUGAGUCCAGGAAAAGCUCCAGAGUACAUCACUUCUCGAGACUAUGAUUCAGAUGCCAUGAGCAGCUCCUAUGAAUCGUAUGAUGAGGAUGACGAGGACGGGAAAGGAAAGAAACUGAGACAUCAAUGGCCAUCUGAGGAGGCCUCAAUGGACUUGGUGAAAGAUGCCAAGAUCUGUGCAUUUCUUCUGCGCAAGAAACGCUUCGGACAGUGGACAAAACAAUUCUGUGUAAUCAAAGACAACAAGCUACUGUGCUACAAAAGUUCAAAAGAUCAUCAGCCUCAGAUGGAGUUAUUGCUGAUGUCCCACAAUAUGUCCUAUGUUCCGAAAGACAGCAAAAGGAAAAAACAUGAGCUCCGCAUCUCCCAGCAAGGAGCCGACGUGUUGGUGCUGGCCGUGCAAAGCAAAGAGCAAGCAGAGGAGUGGCUGAAGGUGAUAAAGGAUGUUGUUGUACUUUGCAAUGUAACGACUGAAGCAGAUGGAUCCAUGACGAUAUUUCCCAUUAACAAGGCAGAAUUGGAGAAGAAGUUAUCUUCAGAGAAGCCAAACUCAGAUGGUGAAGGACACUUGGAAAAUGGAACUCAUUUUGGAACGACAGAUAGUAAAGACCAAGGAAAAGGGAAGAAAAAUGCAAAGGCUGAACCAAAAGGAGCUGUGAGCAAGGUCACAGGAAAAAAGAUUACAAGGAUCAUUGGCCUUGGGAAGAAGAAGCCAUCGACAGAUGAACAGACUUCAUCUGCAGAGGAAGACAUCCCAACCUGUGGUUACCUGAACGUGCUGUCAAAUAAUCGGUGGAGAGAACGGUGGUGCAUAGUGAAAGAUAACAAGCUGAUCCUUCACAAAGAUAGAUCUGACCUGAAGAUUCACAUGGCUUCCAUUCCUCUGCGUGGAUGUGAAAUCAUUCCAGGCUUGGAUUCCAAACACCCACUGGCAUUCCGCCUGCUCAGGAACGGACAAGAGGUUGCAGUCUUAGAGACUUCUUCCGGAGAGGAGCUGGGAAGAUGGCUCGGCAUUUUACUAUCUGAAACGGGUUCAUCUACAGACCCAGCAGCCUUGCAUUAUGAUUACAUUGAUGUAGAAACAACCUCUAGUGUUAUACAGACUGCAAAACAAUGCUUCAAUUUAUUACAUAGACGCUCAAUAUCACCAAACAGAUAUGGUGUCAACAUCACCAAUGGAUAUGCAUGUCCUCGUGGAGUCUCUCUUCAUUAUGAUGAUGUACCUUGCCUAAAUGGAACGGAACAGGAGGUUUUCAGCACUAAUACUAACACCAGCACCCCCUGCUAUGAGGUGGUUGACAGUGGCACCACGGACCUGUACGACAACCUUCCGCCACCAAAACCAAUCGCCCGCAAAUCUCAACCAGCCAGGCUGCAGAAUAAGCUUUCCACUGAGAAACUGUCCUCUAAAAAUAACAAACCUCUUGCCUCUUCACCUCUGACUUCUACGCGGUCUAUGACUAAUAAAACUAACACCUCUGCUGCGGAAAAGGGAACAGUCAAGACAACCUCGCAGGCAAAGGGGAAGAAAAUGGCAACAAUUGUAAACGGUAUAACAGCAAAACCAAAGAUUGGAAGCAGUCAAGUGAAGAAACUAUGUCCUAGUGCAAGUGUUAAACGUGCUGCAUUGAAUGCCGAUCAGUAUAAAUAUGGUAAAAAUCGGGUGGAGGCUGACGCAAAAAGAUUACAGUCAAAGGAGGAGGAUCUCAAAAAGCAGAAGGAGAUCUUACGCACCCGCCUCGCUCAGCUGAGAAAAGACAGAAGGGAUCUGAGGACAGCCAUUGAAGCUUGUGCAGGUAAGAAGUCUCAGGUUGCUCUGGAGACGAAACUGAAGAGACUGGAGGAGGAGUGCAAGACGAAAGAGACUGAGCGUGUAAACCUGGAAUUGGAGCUGACAGAGGUGAACGAGACCCUGAAGAAAGCUCUUGCUGGAGGCCCCUCACUGGGGCUGACAAUAGAACCAAAGUCCUCAAGAACCUCCAGCCCACAGUCUCCUGUCUUGUUACCUCGUACGCUGGAUAAUUCUCCAGCCUCGAGCUGCGACACAAGUGACACCGAGCCGCCAGCACUGCCUGUCAAUGCGGCUAUUCUUGGCAGAAGACCAACUUCCAUGGUUUCUUCCCCGAGUCGAGGACAUGUCCGCAGGAAGGCCAAGGAAUGGGAGCUGAAGAAUGGAACAUAAAAAUAAAAGUUUGCAAUUUUUAAUAUUUAUUUCCCUAACCAUUACGUUCCAGACCAGAAGCACUGUUACUGAAUCCCUUACUUCAUAAAAAAAAACUAUGCAGAGUUUGUGGUCACAUUACUUGCGGAAAGUUAAGCAGCAAUUCUAUAUUGAAGUGUAGUUGUUAUAUGUGAAAUUUGAUAAUAUUUAAAUUGUGUCCAUGAGGGCCCUGACCAUCUCCACUUUUUUACCGUCUAUUGGCCAUGCGUAUUUUUGCAGACACGGACACCACAAGUUUUUCUGCUUAAAGAAUAUCUUGGCUGCUUUAAUAAUUCUGGGCAAGAUAAAUUCUGGACAACAUAUGGCAACUUCACAACCACAAUACAAAGGGAAAUAUAUAUUUAUGACAAAAGAGGCAUUUUGGUUGCCCUUUCAAAUUAUGAUUGUAUUUGUAAGCACAAUGAGUAUUUUGUGUAUGGUGCUCUUCGAGGAAAAAAAACGUCAUUGUAAACCAAUGGGUCCAAGACAAUUUACAGUAAGAAUGUGAGAACGUAUAUGUAGUUAUGUUCUUAUGCUCUUGACAGUGGUGAAUCAUUUUAUUGUACACACCAUAUUGUCUCUUGAUUGUACACAUUGCGUGUUUUACCAUACACAAUUAUUGUCUGUUUUUAUUAUAUACACUCUAUCAUCUGUUUUUAUUUUUACACUUUUUGACAUCUGUUUUUAUUGUACACUAUUGCUGUUCAAAGUGAGGAAAAGGGGACUGGUGUUCAAAAGAACCCCAGAAUUCUGCAGGUUUUUGUAAAAAUGUUGUUGGUUCUUUAAAGUUAAAUUCACAUUUAGUUUCCAUUCAGUUUGGUUCCCAUAAUUGCUUGUUCAUUCAUGGGUCCCUGUCAGGAUAAUGUGGCUUUUCCACAUGUCCUAGUAUUUUAAUUAUCCAUUUUAUCUACAAUUUGAUACACAGGUAAUUUUUGACAUAGAAUUUUGGUAAAGAAUUUAAAUUUUUUUUGUAAAAUAGUUGAUGUGCUUUUAUACGUUUAAAAUGUAAUUAUGUAUAAUUUAACUUGAAAUCAGAUCAUAUUUAAAAUUUAUUUCUCACAGCUCCCAUUUGAUUUCAAUGGUGAAGUAUAAAUAGAAUGAAAAACAAAAAAAUGUGAAUUUCAAGUACUAGAUUUUAAAUAGGGUUCGUUUUCUGGAAAACAUUGUAUUAAUUUGAUGACCAAUCGUGACCAUCACAUUAUGGGCUUGGCGACUGUGGCUGAAUUAUUUUUGUCAUAGAGAUUUUUCGCAGCAGUUUAUCUUAAUGUCAUUUGAUUUUCCGCAUAUUAAUAAUGAAAACUGAAAAUGGUGAAAAAUCUAAUGGGUCUUCAGAGAGAGAAAAAUAGAUUUCAUUUUUCAGAUUGAUCACUUACUGUAUUCAAGGUGUGUAAUGUCUACAGUGUUCUGUAUUCACUUCAGAACAUAAUCUUCAGAUUGGUUCUUAUUUGGCCAAAUAAUUUAUUGUCCUUGGACUAAUUUGAAACAAACAUUUCUGAAGAGGGUCUGAUGAAGGGUCUCGACCCAAAACAUCACCUAUUCCUUUUCUCCAGAGAUGCUGUCUGAUCCGCUGAGUUACUCCAGCUUUUUGUGUCAUCCUUUUUGUGUAAAGUUGCUGUAGUCAUGCAUUUCUUCAAAUCACUUGUCCUCGAUACCAUUGAAUUUGAAUUAUGUUCAUCGAAUACAUCUCUGAAAUGGUUUUAUUUUUCAGAAUAUGGCAGCUAUAUUUAGUAUUACAACUUUCUUAGAAAACAUCCCGGGAAACUAACGAUGUAUAUGUUGCCACAAAAGGUUUUAUAGAAUUAUUGUGCCUUGCAUUACUCAUUUUAUGUGCUAGUUCUUUGCUUUGCCUUGACCUUCGAACCAUUCCGCCCUUCUGCUUUGUACUGAUAUUUAUGGCCAGUCUCCACUGACCUUCUACUUUUUUCUCCCUCUUUCACUUAUCUCGCUUCACCUGAAAUACAUCUUCGUUUCUCUACAUCAAAUUGUUAUCUUUUGAAGACCUAACCUAAAAAUAGACUCUCUACUGCAAAGGGAGAAUCUGCUUUACUCAGCAAAAAUUGAGGUCAGUCUAUCCAUUUUUGGACCAUCAACAUCUGCUUAAUAUCUAGGUUUCUAAAAUAUGUCCACUGUUUUAAGACUUCUGCCAUAAUCAUGUGUGCUAAAGCCACCAGAAGCCAGUUUGUGAGUUAAACAAUUUGAGUGUACGAUUAUGGACUGUAAAUUUAGAGUAGAAAUGUAUUCAGAAAGGUAAAGUUUAUGUAGCCAUAAUGUUACUACUCUAGAUAUUAAAAAAUCGCUAUGAAUCAUUUUUUUACUUCAGCUAUAAAAGCUGUUAACAAUAAGCAUCAAUUAUGAGCCAUGACUGCGAGCAUAAAUCAAAGAGAAAUUCCUGGGCUAUGAUGAACUGCAAUAAAGUUAUCUCUGGGAAUGAAGGUGAAAGAAGAAAUACUUUUCUAUGUUUUGUACGGCUUAGCUGUCUCUACUGCAUUGCCAGAAAUGCCACUGAAAUACUGAAGGAAUGUACCAUUACCAUGCUUUUGUCCUUCAAUACCUGGAUGAAUGCAUUGGAUCUGGAAAUAUGCCUGCUAGACUCAGAUUAAUUUGCUCCUUGUACUGGUUUCCUUUUAAUUAUUAACUUAAACAUAGGUUCAAGGUGAAGGGGAAAAGAUUCUACAGGAAUCUGAGGGGUAACUUUUUCACACCAAGGGUGGUGGGUGAAUGGAACAAGCUGCCAGAGGAGGUAGUUAAAGCUGGAACUAUCCCAACAUUUAAGAAACAGUUAGACAGGUACAUGGAUAGGACAGGCUUGGAGGGAUAUGGACCAAACGUGGGCAGGUGGGACUAGUGUAGCUGGGACAUUGUUGGCCAGUGUGAGCAAGUUGGGCCGAAGGGCCUGUUUCCACACUGUAUCAUUCUGAUUGUUGACAGCUCUUGGGUAUAAAGAGACAGCUAUGUAUUCUACAAUUUCAAAUCAGGCUUCCACUUCAAUGCAAAAGGGUUACGGAAGUGGGUGGGAUGUUGUCCCAGAUACUUGUACAAAGGCCAAGGGAAUUGCAUUCAGGACAUUUUUGGGUCGCUGUGAAGCUGCCUUAAUAGCACAAGCCCUAUUUCAGAUUCUUAGCACCCUUAAAGAACAAUUUACUAAAUUUCUUUCAGUUCAAUCAGAAUGCACAUCUGUUUUUACCUGAUCUAUCUUGGCCGAAAUAAUCAUACUUAACUGCCUACUGAAGGUCAUUGAAGAAGAGUAGACGUCUUUCUGGCUGUUGCUAGCAUGUAUUGCAGGUAAAAUCAGACCAACUAUGUUUUAACAGGUUGUACAGUCUCCCAUGCUGUCAGUUCAGUAGCAGGCCAUUGUUAAUUUCUGGUCAAAAGGUUUAAAAAUUCUUUCCCUACAGGGAUUUAUUCAACAUCAAGGCAUGGAGUCAAAAGCUUGAAUCUCAUUUGUUAAAGAUUUCAUCCAUUCUUUGCUUGCUAUCUCUGACAAAAAUCUUUAUGACUUUAUUGCAAUAGCAAAUAAUUCUCUUUUUCACUGUGAUAGAUUCCCAUGCCUCGCACUGUCAUAAAGUUAGUAUCUCACAUUGGUGUUCAUAAGAUCUUGCUUCUUACUCCAAAUAGUUGGUACACUGUGUAUUUCGUGCAUUCUAC